AUGUUCUACACCGGAAGCGAAGACUGCAAAAAAUAAACAAAUAACUCCCAUUCACUUGUCAUGAAGUUUGUUUAUCAGAACCAUGUUCCGUCGUAAAGGACCCUCUGAGGUGGAAAUAGCCAAGGAGAAUGACGUCAAGAUUGCAAUAACACAGGAAUUCUCCAAAGCACUGAAGACAGUCCAAAAAGAAAGCAUUGGAACUGAGGACCAGGCAGUUUAUAGCACUGAUACAGCCAACUCAGUGUGCAAUUGUCUUGAAGCCGUAUUCCUACAUGGACUCAAGGCAAAGGCCAUAACUAAGAUUGCCAGUUAUGUUGGCGUUGGAAGUUCAGCCACCGCUCAAACCACCCUGAACUUUUGGAACUUUGUUGCCAAGUUUACACACAGCGAGGUGAUAUCACAGCUGAAACAUCUCGGCCAAAUCACAACGGAGGUUGGAUUGUGUAGGGCUUGGGUACGGGUCGCGCUCAAUGAUGGGAUAAUGGAGAGCUAUAUAGAUGCCAUGGUUGCCGACAAAAAAACUCUGCAAUACUACUAUAACAGCGUGGCAUAUUUACGGGAUCGUGAACAGCCCGGGAUCAUGAAAACAUACCUUCAAGGUUUUAUGAGUUUCCAGUUCAAGCUUUCCUACAACGCCAGUGUCCUCAAUGAGUGGGCCUAUACCCCCCUCGUGUUGGCAGGAGUGAUUGACAGCAACGAUGCUCCACCUCCUAUUAUUAAACCUGCAGUAACAAACACGAAGAGGAAGAGUGUCGUCUCUAUAGCAAACAUUCCAACUAUUGACACCACAGAAACAACUGUAGAGGUCGAGCAAAUGAGGUCAAGGUCACGGGGAAAUAGUGACGCUAGAGCCCAAAAUCCUAUGGAUCAACCUCCCUUUGGGGCUUCAUCAAAGUCUAGCUAUAUUGUGUCUUCGUCAGAAUUCACUUCUCAAGACGUUGAAGAAAUAAAGAAAAUGUCAUCGCGAAAGUCUGCGAAGGCGAUGUCGGAAUGCUCUAGCUCAAGCCACUUGUCGUGCCCUGAUCCACCCCAUAUGAAUGCUAGCCCUGCCACGUAUGUGAAGAAAAUGUAUGGCGGGCCUGAGCAGUCACCGUUAUCUGAAAGAAGCUUUCAGGGUUUGGACUGUGAGAAAGGAGCAGAUGGUCUUGAAGUCAGAAUCAAUGGUGAAGCAAGACAGAGUGAGAAACUGGAGGCUGGAGUUAAGAGAAUAAGUGAAUCUAGUGCUGUGACAGUUGAUUCCUCAGGGUACGGUGCUGAUAUUGAAACUGAGGAAACAGUUAAAGAAGAGUUUGAUGUUUUAGAGAAGGAAAACUAUGAAGAUGGUGAGAGUUGGGGGCAGCAUGGUCAAAGUCCGGUAGAGAAACCUGUUGAGGACUUAAAAAGGAGAUACCAAAGGCUGGAAUCUUUUAACAGAGAGCUACAAGAGAAAGCAAUCAUUGAUAGUUAUAUCGAACCUGAUGCAGAAUCCAAAAAGAAUGAUGAGACAGUAUAUGGCUAUGAUCGCAAUGAUGGCUUUGAUGGUUUAGGUGAAACGGAGGUUGAGGCAUCAAAUGACUAUACAAUUAGGCCAAUGGGAAAAGCUUUAAGUACAAAAUCUGGUGAAAAGGACCAAGAUGUUUUGCCAGGGAACAAGGCUGCUAAUCUGUCUGUUGGUACAGAUGAUCUUUUGAAUAUUUCUCAAAAAAUACUCAAUGAACUUGGCUUGGAGGAUUCCAAGGUAUCUAUUAACAUUGAGGAGGAAGUAACCAAAAGUGGCAUUCAGCCCAAAGAAACAGUAUCUACCCCAAAGAAAACAAAGAAACUCAAAGAGAAAGAAGACAAAAUUAAUAAAUUAAAGCCAAAGUUAAGUAUGAGUCCACCACAUCCUGAAGUUGUCCCCCCAGUUUUAUCUUACGCUAUCGCAGACAAGGUUGAACGUAUACAGACCCUGGAGAACCCAGACUAUCUCUUAAAGCAUCGACGGUCCCUGCCUGCAAUUGGAGUGAUGCAGAGGAAGUCUGACAAGCGCAAGUCGAUGCCAAACGUGAUGGAGGAUGUCAGUGAAGAAGGCCAGGCCAGCAUUGAGGAAUACCUGUAUGGAACAGCAGCAUUCGAUGGGUUGGAGUCGAAGAAAGAUGAUGGUGUGGAGGAUGACAUAGACAGUGAUGAGGACAGGACACUCAGAAGUCGUUUCAGUGCAGAGCCUCGACAGAGCAUCGGUAACAACCUGAUGUUGACUGGCCGUGGCUGGUCGUCCUCCUUCGAGAGCGAGCUCGGAGACACGGUGGACGCCAUGUCACCCCCUCGACCCUCCAGGGCACUGCCAGUUAACCGACCUAAAUCGGAGAGUUUUGGCACACUGCUACAGAACUACACGCCAAGCAGCUCCCUAACCAGGCACUCCAUCGACGAUGUCCUCUCCACGCUGCCCAAGAGAACCAACACGUUUAUCUCCCCUGAUACAUCACCCAAUGAGGAAGGGGCAGGUUUAGAAGGGUUUGAAGUUGUCAUCAACAAAGAGGACCACCUGCAAUCAAAUGAAGUCUCAAAGAUACGACUGUUCUCCGAGAUUGCAAAUGAGAAAGGACUUGAUGCCCAGAACUUUCAGUGCAGGGGUUGCAAGCGACCUCUGGGACUCAUAUUCGGCAAGCAGAGGGUGUGCAAGUUUGACGGCGGCUACUACUGUUUUGAAUGUCACGAGAAUGAUGAGUAUUACAUUCCAGCAGUCAUAGUGCACAACUGGGACUUCCGGAAACAUCAAGUUGCUAAGAGGAACCUAGAGUUCCUGCAAGACAAGGAAGAGCAGCCGUACAUCAAUGUCAACGAGACCAACCCUCGUAUCUAUGAACACGUCUCGGAAAUGGCGGAGAUACAGGGUCUCCGUCGGCAGCUCAUGUACCUCAAGAUGUAUCUGUUCACGUGCAAGCAGUCAAUUGCAGAGGACUUCAGACGGAUCAUCUGGCCUCGAGACUAUCUCUAUGAGAGCAUUGAACUGUAUUCACUUGCUGACCUCCUGCAGGUGCCAACGGGGGGCCUUGCCAGCAGCCUCCGCAAACUGAUCCGCUUUGCUAGCAAACACGUGUACAGCUGUCGGCUGUGUAGCCAGAAGGGGUUCAUAUGUGAGCUGUGUAACAACCCCAAGGUCAUCUACGCCUUUGAGCUGGAUGCCACAGUCAGGUGUACAGUAUGUAAGACAGUGUUCCACAAGGAGUGCAAGACGGACAAUAAGGCAUGUCCCAAAUGUCAGCGGCGACUGCAUCGUCAGAGCAUGCAAGGGUCAACCAGCCAGAUCCUCACACCUGACUAUGACCUACAUGUCACCUAGCAAACUGUAACAACCACACUGUUACUAUGGAAACAAGAUCCUCACACCUGACUUUGACCUACAUGUCAUGUAGCAACCUGUGAUAACCACACUGUUACUAUGGAAACAAGAUCCUCACACCUGACUACGACCAACUUGUCACGUAGCAACCUGUGAUAACCACACUGUUACUAUGGAAACAAGAACCUCACACCUGACUGCGACCUACAUGUCACCUAGCAAUCAGUGACACCCACACUGUUACUAUGGAAAUCUGAUUCUCAUGGUGUGAAAUCAAGCUGUGCCAACAACCAGAUAAUUUCUGUAGCACCCAUAGUAUUCAGACUCCUGAUGGAACUACAUAUGGGUAAAUGUAACAACAAUUACACUGUAACUUUGCCAAUCGGAUAUUCUCUAUUUUGACUGCUAAAGUUUGUACACCAGGUAAUUGUUGUGGCAACACUAUUCCUAAAUGAGAUUUUCACUUUUGUUUGCUUAAGCUGUCAGUAGCAAUAUACAAUUUUGAUGGCAAACAAGGCUGUUUUGUUGAUCUAGUAUCACCAAUCAUGUAAUGUCAGUUUAUGGUCGUGCCAGACUGAUAACAUGCCAUAUUGAACUAAAUGUUGACAGCAUGCUUUGAGACAACUACAAGGAAAAUAUACAUGAAAAUGUUGAAAUGAUACAGAUUAAUUUAUUUGUGUUUUUUUAACAAAAUGUUAUCUAUUGUUAACUGUUAUAAAGAGAAGUGCAGAUUUCUUGGAUAAGACAUUGAGAUGCUUGAAAAACAUAAAUGACGAAAAUUAUAUAGAAAAAAAUAAUGUGAUAUUUUUAGCAUUAUAGUUGUAAAUAAGACUUGAUGCCAAAAUAGUUCUUACUUGUAUGCAUAUAAGUAAUGCAUACCAUUUACUUUUAGUUGAGUUAUAUGUUUUUAUUUUAUGCUUUCCUGUGGUUUAUAGAGAAAUAUCAGUAAAUUAAAACUGAUAAUUUCACUGUUUCAAACAAUGAAAAUUAUCAGUGAAAAUUAUCGAUAAUUUUCAUUGUUUACUGUGAAAUGGCGUCAUUUUUUGACGAAAUGACGUCAUUAUCCCAGCGAAAUCCUAAAGUUAAACACUCUACCAAUGUAUGUAAACUAUAAACAAAAGCAUAAAAUAAAAAGAAAAUUUGUUGGAUUCGGUGGAAUAUCGAUUUUAAUUCACUCGUGAUCAUAGAAAAUAUAUAUUUUCACUCGUGGCUGCGCCACUCGUGAAAAUAUUAUUUUCUAUGAUCACUCGUGAAUUAAAAUUGAUAAUCCACCGAAUCCAACAAAUAUUCUCUAUAUAUAGAGUUUACUAUGGCAUGCAGAAAAUGGCAUUUUGAAAGUGAACAUUUAACAUGGUAUCAGGGUUACAGUACACAUGUAUAAUUCAUAAGUUAUUGAUCACCUCAAUAUAUUAAUUAAUAUUAUGCAUGUUAUACUGUUUGUGAUGUUAAAUGGUUUUGAUAAAAUGAGCUUCAUUCUGCUAUAACUGGGUUUGAAGCAAGUGUCGUUCCUAACAACUAUAGUUGCCAUUUGUAUGGUAUGUUUUGUUGGAAGGAAGUCUCUUUUUGCAAAAAUUCAGUUUAGGCAAAAAGUCUCUCACUCAAAAGUGCAGUUCAUGAUUGCCGGUGCAGACUGCACAGGCUAUUCUCGAACGACACUUUAUGCAGGUGCAUUAUGCCUAGCUUUGUCAGGGCAAGGUUGAUAUGCAGGGCUCAGUCUGCACUUGGUCUAAUAAGCCAAUGGCUACAAAUGAACAAAUUUAGCUGAAGAAAAUUAUUUUUGAUUACAUAUAAUCCUUAAUAAAUACCUACAAAAUAUCAAAAAUAAGUAGAAUUUUUCAAAAGCAUGUCAACUUUUUUGAAAGUUUGAGCCAGGAGAAGCCCUGAUAUCAGAUAAUAAUAAUUCUUUGUUAUUGGGAAAUGAUGUAAUAAUAAUGCACAAAUUAACGUACUGAUACCAAGAUACUUAACAGUUUACAAGUACUAAAGGCUAGUUAUUUUCAUAAAUAUAUAUAAUAUCCUUUUUUCAGCAUCAAGGACAAAUACAUUUAUUUCCUGUUAGCUAAUAAUUGCUCUUAUCCUUGUCACAUGAAGACUGAUUAGCUUUGUUUGUUAUGAUUAUUUGUUUAAUUGAUCAACCCCUUCUGUCCACUCAGUCAAUGAUAAACAAACCUAACUUACUAAAGCAAAUAGCACGAAUGUAUUUAUGUAAAUGGAUAUUUUAUUUAAUUUUCAUUUUAUGUGUUAUCUAUAUCUAUAUUGAUAAUACAGCCAUUAAAUGCUCUUAGACUUUCAUUGAAUUUAUAUGCUUUUGUGAUUUUCAGAGUCUUUUUAUUAUUUAUAGUUCAAUUAUUGUUUUUGUUGUAAAUAUUAAAAUGUGAUGGAAUAUUUAUUUAUAUUUUAGGGAAAGCGAAUAAAUAUGUACACAAUA